GGGCGGGUGAGCGCCGCCAUUUUGCAGGAAGGGGCGUGUCCGGGCCUGGCAGCGAGGGGAGAGCAGCGUCAUGGCCAAUGUGCUCUGUAACAGAGCAAGAUUGGUCACCUACCUCCCAGGCUUUUAUUCCUUGCUCAAAAGAGUUGGGAAUGCCAAAGCUUUUUCCACUGCAGGAUCCUCUGGCUCAGAUGAGCCUCACGUGGCUGCUGCACCUCCUGAUUUAUGUCCCCGGACGGUGUGGCCGGACGAGCUGAUGGGGCCCUUCGGGCCGCAGGACCAGCGGGGCUCUGAUGCUCCCCAGAAGCAGCAGAUCAAUAAUGCUGAGACCUACUUUGAGAAUGCCAAGGUGGAGUGUGCAGUGCAAGCCUGUCCUGAGCUGCUGAGAAAAGAGCUGCAGCCGCUGUUCCCCGCGCUGGGCCCGCGCAGCCUGACGGUGCUGACGGUGACGCAGCGCAGCGCGCAGGACAUGAGCGCCUGGAGCGCCGAGGCGCAGCAGGAGCGCGAGCAGCUCCUGGACAAGUUCAUCAAUGGUGCCAAGGAAAUCUGCUAUGCAAUUGCUGCUGAGGGCUACUGGGCUGAUUUCAUUGAUCCCACCUCAGGACUGGCAUUUUUCGGGCCUUACACCAACGACUCCCUGCUGGAGACCGACGAGCGCUACCGGCACUUGGGCUUUGCCGUGGAUGACCUGGGCUGCUGCAAGGUGAUCAGGCACAACCUUUGGGGUACCCACGUGGUGGUGGGCAGCAUCUUCACCAACGCUGAGCCCCACAGCCCCAUCAUGAGGAAGCUCAGUGGCCACUGAGCCCUCCAGCUCCUUUUGGCCUCUUGGGAUUCGUGGAGUUCUUGGAUUCUCCAUCAGCAUCGUCGCGAGUUCCUCGUUCCCAAGGUUCUUAGAGAAUAAAAGUAGCUGUUAUUUAUUCCUGGUCUUUUGGGGAAUGUGUGUUCACCACUUGUGGGUUUGGAAUAUGGAUUGGCAGCAUUGAGAAACACAAGAAUUACCAUUUCCUUUUCACAUUUUCCAUUUUAUCUUGCCUCGACCGUUCUUUCGCUGGUCGAUUUAGUGUUCGGAAUCCUCUGAAAAUGCCACUGAAAUUCCCAACAAGCUGCCAUUCCUGAAAUUAGCAACUGGCCAAAAAAAUGGGAUGAGUCAUAAAAUUGUUCUCCCAGAAUUCAGAACUUAAUAAAAUCUGAGCUAAUCACUCAUUUGCUGUUGGAAAAUGAGAAUGAGGUCAACUUUCAGUGGUCUCCAACUCAAAAUCCUUAAUUAUCCUGGAA